CAGUGAUAGUGAUACUCCUUCCAUGCCUUUAUAUCUAUCUGCAGACACCUCGAACGGCGCUCGCUAAUUAAGACGAAUGCGCCACCAGCUCCGGGUAAUGACAACCACGUCUGGACUUUCUUCACAAUGAGAUAAGGGGGAAACGUGGCACUGACAGAACCCGCAUUGCAUCACGAACAACCGGUAGCCUACCCCGCUGUCGAUACAGCUUGAGCCCCACGGGGAAGCCUAUUGCAGCUUUAUUUAUAUAAUAAACAUUUUGGCAAAAAAUGACGGUCACAGUCACACACUCACACUCGAUCCGGUAGCUCUGCUGUCGCUCCGGGGCCAGCUGCUGUCUGAAUGUAUGCGCAUCGACGCGGAUAAACGCAGUGGUGUUCAGAAGUUUGAUGUGCUGUGUGCGCACAACCAAUCAAGGCACCAGCAACAGGCCACCAGUUAUCACAUUUACCGGAGUUGCAGAAGAGUGAAUGAGACAGGAGACUGGAGUGGAGCGCCUCUCCUUGUGGAUGGACCACUGACCAAGGGGUAAAGUAAGCUUGGAAGUUGGAGUUUAUGCACGGAACGCGCAGAGAUAUUCUUCAUUUUUAUUCACUCUGUUACACGAAGGAUGGAGGGGCGCAGCUGACGGUUAGGGACCGUAGCCUCGAAGAGGAUAAACACACGGAAGGAACUGAACUGCUGGAGGAGGAAAAUAUGUAUGGGCGUUACACACAGGAGCUCGGCGUGUACGCCAAGGAGGAGGCGGCUCGCCUGCGUGAUGGCGGGGGGCUGCGGCGGUCCACCAGUGCUCGCAGUCGGUCGGCAGAGCUGCUGGAGUAUGAGAAAGACCCCUGCGCCAAGUGUCAUGUGUGUACGUCUCGCUGUCAGAAGUUCCUGAUCUCUCGUGUGGGCGAGGACUGGAUCUUUCUCAUCCUCCUGGGUCUGGUCAUGGCCCUGGUCAGCUGGGUGAUGGACUAUGCUAUCGCCUUCUGUCAGCAAGCUCAGAAGUGGAUGUAUGGGGGACUGGACAGUAACAUGCUCCUGCAGUACCUGGCAUGGGUCACCUACCCCGUGGUGCUCAUUACUUUCUCAGCAGGGUUCACACAGAUACUGUCCCCGCAGGCUGUGGGUUCGGGUAUCCCAGAGAUGAAGACCAUUCUGAGAGGCGUAGUACUGAAGGAGUAUCUCACCUUUAAAACCUUUGUGGCCAAAGUUAUCGGGCUGACCUGUGCUCUGGGCAGUGGCAUGCCCCUGGGAAAGGAGGGCCCGUUCGUUCAUGUGGCCAGUCUGUGUGCAGCCCUCCUGAGCAAGUUCUUGGCUGCCUUGUUUGGUGGAAUCUACAAGGAAGAGCCCUUUGAGGGAAACAAGAAUGAGCUGAGGAACACUGAGAUGCUAUCAGCAGCGUGUGCAGUGGGGGUAGGUUGCUGCUUCGCUGCCCCCAUUGGAGGUGUGCUCUUCAGCAUUGAGGUAACGUCUACGUUCUUUGCGGUGAGGAACUACUGGAGGGGCUUCUUCGCUGCCACCUUCAGCGCCUUCAUCUUCAGAGUACUGGCUGUGUGGAACCAGGACGAAGAGACCAUAACAGCCCUCUUUAAGACACGUUUCCGUCUGGACUUCCCCUUUGACCUCCAGGAGCUGCCAGCCUUCGCCAUUCUGGGGAUUGCAUGUGGUUUUGGUGGGGCUCUCUUUGUCUACCUGAACAGACUGAUAGUAGAGUGUAUGAGGAAACAGAAGACAAUCAACAAGUUCCUGCUCAGGAACUCUUCUCUCCAUGUCAGACGCCUGGUGUAUCCUGCCAUGGUCACCUUGAUCAUCUCAACCCUCACCUUCCCCCCUGGGUUUGGACAGUUCAUGGCUGGACAGCUGACGCAGCAUGAGUCCCUGGUGGCGUUGUUGGACAACCGAACAUGGUGUCGCCAGGGCGUUGCCGAGGAGUUUGACUACAUCAGCCACUCCCACGCCUGGAAACACCCCCAGGUUAACGUCUUCAUCACUCUCAUCCUCUUCAUCGUCAUGAAGUUCUGGAUGUCUGCAGUAGCUACCACCAUGCCUGUGCCGUGUGGGGCCUUCAUGCCAGUUUUCCUCAUUGGUGCAGCAUUUGGACGUCUGGUAGGAGAGACCAUGGCAGUCAUGUUCCCUGAUGGCAUCCAUGCCGAUGGCAGUGUCUAUCCUAUAGUGCCUGGCGGCUAUGCUGUAGUGGGUGCGGCGGCGUUGUCAGGGGCAGUGACUCACACGGUGUCGACAGCAGUCAUCGUGUUUGAGCUGACGGGUCAGAUCAGCCACAUCCUGCCAGUAAUGAUAGCGGUGAUCCUGGCUAACGCCGUAGCCCAGUCCCUCCAGCCCUCACUAUACGACUCUAUCAUCAGGAUCAAGAAACUACCCUACCUCCCUGAACUGGGCAUGGGGCACCAUGAGAAGUAUAACAUCCGUGUGGAGGACAUCAUGGUUAGAGACGUACGUUACAUCACUCUCUCCUCCUCCUACCGAGACGUACAGGAGGUCCUGAUGACUGGACAGCUGAAAACACUGGCCCUGGUUGAGUCCACAGACUCUAUGAUCCUGUUGGGUUCUAUAGAGCGAUGCCAGCUCCAGGCACUCCUGUCCCUCCAGCUGGGUCCAUUGCGCAGGCUAGACCACCUCCGGAGGCAUGCCCAGGACAACGGCACACACACACACACACUGGGCACACACACACACCUGACCAGCCUGGACACCAUGGACAGUCCUCCCAGCCCACCCUGCACACACACACACUCCUACACCUCCAAUACCAGCGCACGCCAUGGGGUUCGCUUCCUGGUGAGUGUAGCAGAGAUCUCAACAGAGGAGUCCUCCUUCAGUGCAGCUGUGUCCAACUCUCAGCUGCCACUCAAGUCUGCUAUGAAAACUGUCCCUAAUAUUCACAACACAGAAGCACCCAACAGCAUACACACUCUCUCAAUUAAUAGAGACACGCCGACUCCCUCUCCUCUCUCAGGCUCUCAGCAGACUCUCUCCUGUGGUGACCCUGAGAGAGAGCUACUUGAGAGCCCGGCAGAGCCAGAAGCUCCUGAGAGCAGGGGGCCCAAACGAGUCAGGAUCUCCAUGAUGGUGGAGUCCCCAGAAGUAGAGGAUGACAUGACCACAAACGAAAUAGCGGAGUGGGAGGAGCAACAGCUUGACGAGCCAGUGGAUUUCAACAACUGCAAGAUAGACCCCGCCCCUUUUCAGCUUGUGGAGCGGACAUCUCUGCAUAAGACUCACACCAUAUUCUCCCUGCUUGGGCUGGACCAUGCCUAUGUGACCAGUACAGGACGGCUGGUGGGAGUGGUCUCCCUCAGGGAGCUGCGUAAGGCCAUAGAGGGUUCAGUGACGGUGACAGGGGUGAAAGUUCGCCCCCCUCUGGCCAGUUUCCGUGACAGCGGCAACACCACCAGCAUUUCCGAGGUGACAGAGCUACACAAGCUUUGGAACCGCCACAGAGGCCUCUCAUUACCACGGGAACCCACCCCGCCCGACAUGGAGGACCAAUUGGACGUUACGCAUGAGGAGACCCCUGUCCACUUCAUACAGGACCAAUCAGAUAUGGAGUUUGAAACCAUCCCUGCUGACACUAUUGACCCACCAUCGGAAUUGAUUCUUCAGGAAAGCCUCUCAAUAACAGAGGACCAAACAGAGGAGUUUAUCUUAGAGUGCAGCCCUUCCCACACUGACGAAUCAGAGCUGGCCUGUGAUUUUGACCCCUCCCACCUCCCUGAGACUGACCAAUUGGAGCCGGUGAAGGAACAUGGAACCCCGCCCCAUGGAACCACGCCCCAGAACAUAGAGCAAAUGGACCAAUCAGAAUUGCAGUGUAAGCGAAGUCCCACCCGCACUGAGGACCAAUCGGAAUGACCGAAGGGGUGACGGACAGUUAGGAGUUGCUUCAUGGUUCGUUGAGGUUUCUACAACCUUAGAGGUCACUUUCACCUCAAUCUUCAAGCUGGUCGUCUGUGUCCACAAUGUAUUGUGUGCGUGCGUGUGUGUUGGUGUAAAUGAGCUUGUAUUCCUGUGUGAGUGAUAGAGUAACUGAGUGAAUGUGACAACAUGGUUCUGUGUUUAACAAAGUGUUUUGGUGUGUGCGUGUUUCAAAGUAAGUGUGUGUGUGACUUGGCGGAACCUUGCCCAUGCACCCAUCUGGUGCUGACACUUCGAUUCUCAGUUUGAUUAUCAGAGGCAAACUACAAUUUCCCCCUAAAUAUAGCUACAAAUAACAGAGGAGAGAGAGAGAGAGCAAAGGAGAGAGAGAGAGAGAGAGCAAAGGAG